CCCAACCGGAAGCGGAGUGCGGAGCCUAAUGAGCCGAGCCGGCUAUCGAGAUAGUGACAAGACCCCAUUCUCCUGGGCUGGACUCCUUUCUACAGCUAGGAGUCAAUGGCAGGAGACAGAAUCAAGCCCUGUGAGCUGGACCAAGAGAAAUAUGAUGCUGAUGACAAUGUGAAGAUCAUCUGCCUGGGGGACAGUGCAGUGGGCAAGUCCAAACUCAUGGAGAGAUUUCUCAUGGACGGAUUCCAGCCACAGCAGUUGUCCACGUAUGCCCUGACCCUGUACAAGCACACGGCCACAGUAGAUGGCAAGACCAUUCUUGUGGACUUUUGGGACACGGCAGGCCAGGAGCGGUUCCAGAGCAUGCAUGCCUCCUACUACCACAAGGCCCAUGCCUGCAUCAUGGUAUUCGACGUACAGAGGAAAGUCACCUACAAGAACCUGAGCACCUGGUACACAGAGCUUCGAGAAUUCAGGCCAGAGAUCCCAUGCAUCGUAGUGGCCAACAAAAUUGAUGCAGACAUAAAGGUGACCCAAAAAAGCUUCAAUUUUGCAAGGAAGUUCUCCCUGCCCCUGUACUUUGUCUCAGCUGCUGAUGGUACCAACGUCGUGAAGCUCUUCAAUGAUGCCAUUCGAUUAGCUGUGUCUUACAAACAGAACUCCCAGGAUUUCAUGGACGAGGUUUUGCAGGAGCUUGAGGUACCAGGGCUACAGCUGGGCAAAUGCAGAGCCAGGCCUCACUUGCAACCUUGUCCACAGAACUUCAAAUUGGAGCAGAAAGAGGAAGAUGUGCCAGACCCAAAGCAGAGUGGCGUCAUCGAAAGCCCAUCACAGCAGGCAGCCUCUCCCCACAGCUGAUGAGCAGGGUGGGGCCCUUUCUAAAUACCCCAGCACCCUCCAUUUCUGAAUGGAGACACUCCAGGCCAUCCCUUAUUUCACCUCUUGUAAACCUGCCUGUCCUAUUUUCCUAGCUCAGGCUACAUGGAUAAGGUCGGCACUAGCGAACUCUCUGGACAGGUGUGAGAGGUCCAUACUAGACCUUGAAGCAGAAUUAGGGAUCAAUAUCAUUAACACCUUCUCUAUCCACUACCGCACAGGCCAGACAGUUAAGAGGAUCAGGGAAGAUCGUUGGGUGUCUCUUUAAUAAAAGGAAAUUUAGGUUGUUGGGUUUUUUCCUUCCUAAAACUAUCCUCUGGGAUUUUUCCUUAUGUUUCUGCUGAAGCAGUGGCUACCCCUGUUGCCAUCACCACACAGUCUGUGGGCCCCACACCCUUUCGCUCCUGAUCAUCCAUCCUUUUUCCUCUUUAGUCUUCCAACUGUCCUUAUCUUAAGAUGUUCUUGAGCAGACUUUUGAACACCUCCUGUUUCAAGAGCUCUUUUAGGUAAGGCUGAGAUUAUAGGAACCGGCUUGCCUUUGGCACUAAAUAGAAGGUAACAGGUCCAGCCUAGUAAAACAUAAGCAUUAUUGGUAAACAUCAGGGGUUAAGACACCCAUUGAGAUUAAAGAAAUUGACUUUAAGGAAAUCUUCCUUUAAAACCCCAAUUCCAGCAUAAGAGGCCGCCUGUGUACCUCCUGCAGGAGGCAGGGGCUACAGGAGUGUCUGCCAUCUACACUCCUCUCUAGGACUUGUGCUUGGCUAAUAUGUUUUUAUGAUCAUCUUGUACAUCAUUUGCAUUGUUUUCAUUAAUUUAUUUUGUUUUUAUUGUUUCCUUUUUUACAGUAAAGGUUGA